CCUCUUGUGUCACUAUCUCUAAGGCUUUUCACACCUGCGGCGCCCUUCUACAUCCCACGAGAGCUUCUUAUGGUAUCGACACAAACUUCUUCGAGUAGCGAGCGAUGUUUCCACAAGGCAUCAUCUCGGCGCUAGGCGAGACUAAGGCCAACCACGCAAUCUGAUGAGCGCAUCUGUUCGGCAUCUACGAUGAUCACCGCCGCCUCGUCGGUGCCCCCAGUCGAACGUUGUCGCACUGCGCAUCCCGAGCGUCAUCUUAGUCUUUGGAAAGCCUUCCAUCAUCCUGGCGACCGCAUUUGUGCACCUCCUCCACUGGGACGCGUUCGAGGCAUCGAUGAGCCCGAGGUGCAGGAGAAAUACGGCGCGUCAAAGUGGGCGGGAAUGAUCGUGCUGAGCUGCCCACUCCUUAUCUUUCUCAUCGAAUAUAUCGCCAACUCGUACGUCUACCGCCUCCAGUCGUAUUCCUCUGCGCGACCCUCGCCAUGCUCUAUGCCCUCGCUGUCUUCCGCAUCCUCACCUACAUCCUCUCCAGCCCAGAUCCCUGAACCUUCGAUUGGGACUCCGGACCUUAUGAAGGGACGAGAAGAGCACGAAGGCGGAGCGAGCCACCUUGCAGGUGACGCGAGCGCGAGAGGUUGACGAGGAUGAGGAUAGGGAGGUGGAGGUAGAUGAGGUCACGCCCCUCGUUAUGUCCUCCCGCAAUCUUGCACUGUCCAACGCGAACG